CUCCCGGGGGGCGAGGGCCAGGGUGCGGGCGGCGGGCGAGCGCUGGGGCGGCGUCAUGUCCUCCGAGGUGGGCGCGCGCCGCGACGCCAAGAAGCUGGUGCGCUCCCCCAGCGGCCUGCGCAUGGUGCCCGAGCACCGCGCCUUCGGCAGCCCGUUCGGCUUGGAGGAGCCGCAGUGGGUCCCGGACAAGGAGUGCCCGAGGUGCAUGCAGUGCGACACCAAGUUUGACUUUCUCACCAGGAAGCACCACUGUCGCCGCUGCGGGAAGUGCUUCUGCGACAAGUGCUGCAGCCAGAAGGUGGCGCUGCGGCGCAUGUGCUUCGUGGACCCCGUGCGGCAGUGCGCGCCGUGCGCCCUGGUGUCCCACCGCGAGGCCGAGUUCUACGACCGGCAGCUCAAGCUGCUGCUCAGCGGAGCCACCUUCCUCGUGACUUUUGGGAACGCAGAGAAGUCGGACACGAUGGUCUGUCGUCUUUCCAGCAACCAGAGGUUCCUGCUCCUGGACGGGGACAGCCGCCACGAGGUCGAGGUUGCGCGCAUCGCCGCCGUGCAGAUGCUCACGGAAGGCUUCCCUCCUGGAGAGACAGACACUCCCACUCACACCAGCCUCCCGGGGAGCCAGCCCGCCUCUGAAGGAGGCAACGCACGGGCCACAGGCAUGACCCUGCAGUACACGGCACCCGGGGCGGAGGGCGUGACACAGCUGAAGCUGAUGGCCGGGGAGGAUGCAAACGGCAGCCGGAGGCAGGCGACAGCGUGGCUGGUGGCCAUGCACAAGGCCGCCAAGCUCCUUUACGAGUCUCGGGACCAGUAACUCCACGCAGGCUGGACGGUCCGCUCGGGGCAGCAGCACCUGCUCGACGAGCACCUCAGGCGCAACUAACCCUCCACGUGCUGGAAAUGCAACUCAAGUAUUCAGAGCUUACCUAGUGCAAUAUGUACACAGUUGAUGAACGCUCAAAACAGCUCGUGCUUUAGAAUUUAUCUUGUUGACACCUAACUGGGGGUGGGAGAGACGGAGCUACACUACUGCUAAACUAUUUUUAGCAUAAUCCAUACCAUGUUUUUAUGAGUGCCCAAGUUUACUAGAAGGUUCUGGCCCCUUGAUGUUGGUUCCAUGAAUUCUUCCACAGGAGCGAUCUGGGCAGCGGUGACUCGGCCUGAUCUGGCCUGGACCGCAUCUCACAGGCCACCCUGCCCGUUCACUGCGUCACUAAUCCGGGGCUACAGACAAACCUUUGAUACUUCACGGGGAAGGAGCAAGAUUCGUGUUUUGUACUUUUCACUUACUAUUUCACUUUAUUAAGAUAAUUGUACAACAAUUUGUAUAUAAAGCUUACGAUUAAAACCUAUUUUGAA